ACGAGGAUACGUUCUCACAACAAGAAUCGCGGUGCUUGCUCAGUACCUUAGUUCACAACGUCGCAUGAGGCCCUUAUCCUGGUUCCAUUAGACAGGCGUUCGUCGUUAUUCUAGCUCCGUAGAACGAUAGCAGCGAGCCUGCGCGUGUUGACCAGUUGAUCAGUCGGCGUGCUACCACCUUACCACCUCACCUCUGCGGACCUUGCCCUGUCGAGCUCCUGUCUUGCCUCGUUCAUCCCACCACCCGCCACUGUCUCGCUAGCUUCCUUCCCCUGGCGGGUGUACCAUCAGCAGAGCGGGCGCAAGGGCAAUCGACGCAGAGUAGAUUCUCUGCAAAUCGGAACUGGCGCGAAGGGGAUUUUGCGCGAAGUUAGUAUCAGCGCAAAGCGGGGAUCGGCGCAUUUGAGGGAUCGGCGCGUAGGGGGGAUCUGCGCGUGGUGGGAACCGGCGCAAUGGCGGGGGCGGAGGGGGCGGCGGUGGUCGAUUGGCACACGCGGGCGCAGAAUCCGCGCAACCCGGUGGUGUUCUUCGACGUCACUAUAGGAGGCAUCGCCGCGGGCCGCAUUAAGAUGGAGCUGUUCGCUGACAUCGCGCCUCGCACUGCGGAGAACUUUCGGCAGCUGUGCACGGGCGAGAUGAGGAAGAACAACAUACCACAAGGGUACAAGGGGUCGGUGUUCCACCGAGUGAUCAAGGACUUCAUGAUUCAAGGAGGAGACUUCCUCAAGGGUGAUGGCACUGGGUGCAUCAGCAUAUACGGGUCCAAGUUUGACGACGAGAGCUUUAUCGGCAAGCACACCGGCCCGGGACUGCUUUCCGCUGCCAACAGUGGGCCCAACACCAAUGGCUGCCAGUUCUUCCUCACGUGCGCCAAGUGCGAGUGGCUCGAUAACAAACACGUUGUGUUUGGGCGAGUGUUGGGGGACUCGCUGCUCGUAGUGCGCAAGAUAGAGAACGUUCAAACGGGCCCCAACAACCGCCCCAAGCUUGCAUGUGUCAUUGCUGAGUGCGGCGAGCUGUGAUCUGAACGUAUCACUUUGCCAUGCGUUGCGUGCGGAGGUUAUGUCUUUGUUGUAUAGACUACAUAGUAGAAGGAUGUGGGAUGCGUUCGUUAAUAGGCCGAAUGUUCAUGUAUUAGAGGGUCUUUUGCCCUUCAUUGUCCUCUCGUCUCGUCUCAUGAAAUGCUGAUUUGUUUGAUCAACUGGAUUUUUUUUGUGGGAGUGGUUCUGACAC